GUACUCAGUAGUGCAGUGGCAGUGCAGGCCUUCAAAUCUUGUGCAGACUGCAGAGUGACAGCGUCUUGCAGAUUGCACUGGCUGCUGGCGUCUGACACUGGAAUGGUGUGCUGACCUCUUUGUUUAUGUAUAGUGACAACUAACAGAAAUAGCUCGAGUUUUAUAGCAUAUAAUGUGAUCUUUUCUUCGUUUUUUGUACGGAUUUUUGUACGAAUACAAGGUGUACCGAAAAGUGGUUUACGAGCGGCAUUGUGUUCUUUUUACUUGCGACUCUUGCGCGAUUCCAUUUGUCCAUGGAAUUUGUUUGUAAAUAUACCUAAUGGAUAUUGAUUAGCCGCCUGGGAGGCGAUAUGUACCCGUGAUGAUACAAUGACGUUCUAUCUGGCAUGAAAUCUGUGACUGAUUUUGUAAAAUAGAUUUGCUGUUUAAGUCUUGUUAUUAUCUUGAACCAUGGUUUCUGGUCCACCAGAGCAUGGCAUGCAAGCUGAUGUAGUUUUUGUUAUUGAAAGCACUGCCACCAAUGGUGCUUACCUAAAUGAUUUUAAGACAAAUUAUCUUGUACCUACUUUAGAGUACUUUAGUCAAGGUGGAAUUGAAGACAGGGAGUUUGCCUCAGAAACUAGCUUAACACUCUAUGGAAUCGUUGUUUACCAUGCCGCAGACUGCCUACCAGCACCUUUUACACAGGCAUAUGGCCCCUUUUCCAAUCCCCACAAAUUGCUACUCACUUUGGAAAAACUUGAGAUGAUUGGUGGAAAAGGUGAAUCUCAUGCAAACAUCGGAGAAGGGCUUGCAACUGCCCUUCAUUGCUUUGAAGAUCUGCAAGGUCGCAGAGAACCAAAUGUAGCAACACAGAAACAUUGUGUUCUAGUUUGUAAUUCUCCGCCGUAUCAAAUUGGUGUCCAAGAGUCCAGUAAAUAUUCCGGUUUUUCAGUGGAGCAACUUGCUGCUCUUUUCCCAGAAAAUAACGUCAGUCUGUCGAUACUCUCACCGCGCAAGAUUUCUGCGUUAUUCAAGCUGUUCGAGAAAGCCGGCGGGGAUCUGCAGUCGUCGCAAACCAAGAAUUAUGCCAAAGACCCGCGUCACCUCGUGCUUCUGCGCAAUUAUAAUCUGAAGGAGAGCCCGGUGAGCCCGACCUCGGCGGCAACGGCAGCAGCAGCAGCCCAGGCGGCCGCAGCCGCAGCAGCCGCGGUCUCGGGAACGCCGAGCGCCGCCCAGAUAGCCCUUAGCCCUCUGCAAAGUAAUGACAGUCCCAAUCCUAAUCAGACACCUCAAAUCGCACAAUCCGUCACACAAGCACAACAACAACAGCAACAACAGGGCCCACCUGCAUCCUUCCGCAAUCCCACCACACCUCAGAACAUAAACUCUGUGCAUCAACAACAACAAGCAGUCAAUCAGCAACAACAAGUACAACAACAACAACAACAACCACAACAAAAUAUGAGCGCACCAAUGGGCGGCAGACCGCAAUUCAAUCCGCAAAUUUCAGCUCCGCCAAACUACCAUCCGGCGGCGAUGGGGGCAAGACCGCCGCACCCCAGGGGCUGGCCCCCCAUGAGACCGCCGUUCUCCAUGAACCCGACCGGGCCAGGUGCUGGGCCUGCGGCGGCCGCACCCCCACCACCUACCAGCAGCCAACAGAGCAGCGCACUUAUUGCUCAGCUGUCUACCCCGCCGUCCGCUCUGGGACUCAAUGUGCAGCCGUUCGCCCAGCAGCGCAUGGAAGGUGCACCUAAUACGACAAUGGCUCCCAACUCCCAGCAAGCUCAGCAACAACAACAGCAACAGCUGAAUCAGCACCAGCAGAAUCAGUUGAGGAUGAAUAUGCAACAACAGCAAGCGCUGCAGCAGCAAAACGCGGCUCAGCAACAAAAUGCUCAGCAGGUGUCAAUGGGUAUGCAGCAGCAGAACGCACCGAAUCAGGCCGGUCCACAGCUAAACGUUUCCGGAGUAAACCAGUCUAUGGCUUCGCAAAUCCCACAGACUGUCACGGCUUCUCAGGCAUCCUCGGCGCAGGCGGCCUCGGUGUCGGCACAGAUGACACAUGCUCAGCAGACUGGUGCGCCUGGACCUGGAGGUCAUGUGAAUCACGCAGGUCAACCAAUGAUGAACGGCGAUCGCACCGUCAUCUGGAAGGGCAUGCUUGAGUGGGUUGAGAAGAGCAAGCAACCUGUAGAUGCUCAAAAACAAACUUGGCAGGUACCGUGUCAGGUAUCUUCAGGUGCAAAAGAUGGCGAGCCAGAAGUAAAAGCUGAAUCGUGGCCUACGAAGCUUAUUAUGCAGCUUAUGCCGAAAAUGCUGAUAGGAAACAUUGGCCAAGCUUAUUUGAAAAAUUCGAAAUCUGUCGUAUUCUUCCCAUCACCGUGUGAAGCGCUCGAAUCACUGAUAAAAGUGAUGUCAAACGGUUUUGCGGGUUGUGUUCACUUCACGUCGACGCCAUCGUGCAAUAUUAAAGUUUUGUUAUUGUUGUAUACCGCUGAAAAACGGACGUUUAUUGGUUUCAUACCCAAUGAUCAACAAGCCUUUGUCGAUCGACUGAGAAAGGUAAUUCAGCAGCAGAAGAGCUCACACGCUGUCAGAGGAGGCCUAGUUCAACUGAGGCCGACAGGACCCAAUCCUGGUCCCGGUGGUGCUGGCGCGAACGUUAUGUCAGGUGGAGUACCCAGCACGGGUAUUUCUCAAAGCGGGAUCCUCAUGUCGCAGACGAAUACCAUGACGAUGGGUGGCGGUCAGAUCACUCAAAAUGUUAUUCCGAACAACGGUCUUCCACAGCAGUCUCUGGCUCCAACAACGAUGCAGCAAAACCAGAUAAACAUCCAGGCAGUGGGUCUUUCAGCAGCCGGAGGCGGACCUCAAGGCCAGAUCAACUCGGGAGGUGGUUCUAUGAUCGGACAACAGCAGCAGCAGCACCUCGAGAUGGCGAGACAGCAGAACCUGCUGAAGAUCCACCAGCUGCAGCAAACGCUCGAGGCUGCACAACAACAAGAGGCGCAAUACAAAUCGCAAGAGGCACAGUAUAAAUCUCAAAUGAUACAGCAAAACCUUGAACAUGCGCAGGCUCAAGAGAUGCAGUACAAGCAAUUGGAGGCACAGCAGGCUCAGAGAGGUUUAAAUGCCGGUCCGGUAAUGCAGGCGCCACAGCCACAGGGAAACGCACCACGCAUGAUGCGUCCUGUCAUGAACAAUGCUCUAGGUUUACGACAUUUAUUACAACAGCAGCAACAGCAACCACAGUAUAGACAAGUUCUCGGAAUGCAGCAACAGAUGGUUGGUCCUCGAGGUCAAAUGCCACCACGUCCUAUGGCCCCGACCAAUCCUCAAAACCAACAAUUUGAUGAAGUAUCAAAUUACGACUUUCUUGGCUGAAGAAAAUUUUACUACGUUAAAUAAAAAGCUUUGAAUAAAAAAUUGUUUUUUAAAUAAGAA